AUGGCGGCCUAUUCCCGCACCCCUACGAUUUCCAAGGACGGCUUGUCGACGAUUGUGGAUGACGAACCAGAGGAUGGGUUUGACGAUGAGGGAAGUCUAUCGCUGGGUUCCUUGGACGGUGUCGACCAGAGUCUGACGCAAAAGUCGUCGUCGCAAUCCGAAGAGUACCGUUUGAACCUAGCCCGUGACGAGACGAAGCAAGUCUUUCGCUUGCGCUUGCUGGUGUUUUUGGUCUUGGCGUUGGCCGCGACGACCGUGUGUGUGUUGGUGUACCUCGUGACGCUCCAAUCGGAAGAAGAAGAGUAUCAGAAUCAGUUUGAAGGAGCCGCCGCCAAGCUGACAGACUCCUUUUUGGAUGUCGCCGGAUCUCGACUGGGCGUCAUGGCCAGCUUGGGGGUGUCUCUCACCACCAGCGUCAAUGACAAUGGUCAGCAAGAGUUCCCGUUCAUCACCAUGAGCAACUUUCAACAACGAGCACAACCCAUUCGCAGUCAAUCGGGCGCCGUCUACAUGCACUUCAAUCCAUUCAUCAUGGAAGGACAGAGAGUCGCGUGGGAACAGUUCCUUGUCGGACCAGAAGGAUCCAAGUGGUUAGACGAAGGUUUGGCGUACCAGGAUGAGAUUGGCCUCUUUGCGUAUGAGGAGGACCUUCAUGGCGGAGGAGACGUUUCCGAUGAUCCACAUGCAGGACAUGGAUCCACCGGCCACGAGGGACAGCAUGAAAUGGACGGCACUUCCAUGCAUGCUGGCGGUGGCGAUGGAGAGCACAGUCAUCAUCAGCAGCACGCCGAAGAAAUGGAAGACACUACUAGCGCGGCGACAACAGUUACUGAAGAUAGCAUGAAUCACACGGGGGCUUCUUCUGGCCAUGAUCAUCAGAACAUGGACCAAACGGUUGCUCCAACCACACAACAUCAUCACAACGACGGCUCGGGUAUGAGCAUGGCAACCGCCUCUCCACAAGAUGAUACUCACACGGGACACCACGACAACAACAUGGUCAGCACAACUGCCCCAAGCCAGGAAGAAACCGAAGAAACCCAACCGCAGCAUUCCAUGACGCAAGAACCGUCCUCCAUGGGCCAUCAUGAUCAUGACAUGCCGCCGUCAAGUGGCAUGACGAGUAGUGGGCACGCAACAACAACUGCGCCUUCUGCUAUUGGCGAUGGAAUGCAUGAAGAUCACACGAUGAUGAUGACGCAAGAGCCAACCACGAUGGAUUACAUGGCGACAAUGAACAACGGAACAACCCAUCAUGCCAUGGCAAUGAAUGCCACAAUGAGUGGCUCCAUGUCGUCGCCAACAUCCUCCUCCAUGAAUUACCCUGACGAAACCAUGCAACCCAAUGGAACAACCGAUCAUGGCAUGGCAAUGAAUGAUACAAUGAACAACACCAUGUCGUCGUCAACAUCCUCCAUGAAUCACGCUGGCGAAACCAUGCUGCACAAUGGAACGACCCAUCAUGCCAUGGCAAUGAAUGCCACUAUGCAACACAAUCAUCGUUCACUCGAAAGCAUGGACGCUCAUGCCGGGCACGACACCGAAGAUCCUCACGCAGGCCACCAAACAAACGAACCCAAUGCAGGGCAAGACAACGAAAAUUCUCAGGCAGACUUGCACCACGACCACGACGUUUACCUGGCCUUGAUCAGCGAGGAAUCAUGGUCCAUCUGGUACCACAACGACAAAAAAGAACUCGUCUAUGAUGAAGGUCCAGGUCCAUACAUGCCAACAUACCUCUCGAGCCCCAUCUUUUACAAGGGACACGAAACCAAUGAAAACAUCCUCCAAUCAUAUGGUCCAACUGGUAGCUACAAGGCAUUCUCCACCGAGUCAGUUGUAACGAGUCAAUUCCUCAACGCUCCCGCUGGAAACAAGUCCUCGGUGGACCCAAAAACUGCCUUGUACGCGAGACUCCUGAGUGCCAAUAAGCAAGCAGUUGUUGCAUACGAGGGAGACCCCUUUAGCCAAGUGUUCAUCCCGGUCUUUGAUUCUCUAGAGCACAACAAGACAACUGUGGGCGUACUCGUCGCUUGGGUUCACUGGAUGAGCUUUUGGUCCAAUCUUCUCCCAUCCAGUUUGCAAAGUAUCAUCGUCGUUAUGAGUGAUUCUUGCCAGAAUGAAUACACCUACGCAAUCACCGGGACCGAAGUUUCGCCACUGGGAGAAGGUGACUUGCACGACCCUCGCUUUGACGACAUGAAGAGGUUUGCAUCUUUCGAAGCCAUCGACAGCAUCCAGGAUGGGACGAAGGACGGUCUUCCAUUCAACAAGGAUGAGUGCUCCAUCAGCAUUGAAGUGUAUCCAUCGCACGAGUUUUAUGACACGUACAAUACCAGCGCUCCAGUACUCUUCACUUGUUCCAUUUUGGGUAUCUUUUUAUUUACUGCCAUUAUGUUUGUCCUCUAUGAUCGGCUUGUUGAGAGACGUCAGGAGAUUGUCAUGAGAAAAGCAACCCAAACAGACAAGAUUGUCGCUUCGCU